CAAAAUGGAAGAUAGUUACAAUCAUUUAUUCACUCCUACUUUCGGUCUUAUUGUGUCUAGUGUCCAGUGUUCUUCUUGGAGCGUUCAUUUUUCGUUGCGUUGUUUACACGCGUCAUUUAUAACAUUCUAAUUUUCAAUUUUACCACUUUCCUUCGGCCGAGGGUUCUAUUCCCGCCGUUUAUAUCUAUUUUCCGUAUACCUUUAACCAACUUCCAUGUCUACUCUCUUGGUGAUUGAGUCAGCUAUGGCUGGUCUGGUGAUCGGUCGUGGCGGGGCUACGAUUAAGAGCAUCCAACAGGAUAGCGGCGCGAUGGUAAAACUAACCAACGGUGACACGGAGGACACUCGAAACGUAAAAAUAAUUGGCAGUGAAGACUCGCAGCGUUUGGCCAGUGACAUGAUCGAGAAAAUCGUCGGAAAAUUGGUGCGGUCAGAAACGAUUUCCACGCCACCGCCACCGCCAAGACGAAAACCCCGUGAUGGUGGCGGUGGUGGUGGUGCAGGCAGGCCGCGAUUAGUCAAGCGAGCGGUGUCGCCGGAAGAGAAGAUCAAUUGCAGCGACGAUGUUUGGGAGGAAGUCCUCCGAGAGAACAGGGAAAAAGAGCUCGAGUUGUUAAAAUUGUUGCCACCGAUCAAAAAGGAUUUCUAUGUGGAGCAUAGCCAAGUAAAGGCUAUGUCCGACGAGGAAGUUCAGUCAUUCAGAACUGCUCAAAACGAGAUUACCGUUAAGUAUGUGGAUGGCGCUGAAUAUACCCGAACAAUACCGAAGCCAGUAAAAACAUUUGAGCAUGCUUUUAGCUCAUAUCCAGAUAUCAUGAAAGUGAUUAAAAAACAAAAUUUUACCACACCCUCGCCCAUUCAGUGUCAAGCCUGGCCUAUAAUUAUGAGUGGACAUGACUUAAUAGCCAUUGCGCAAACGGGUACAGGCAAGACAUUGGCAUACAUACUGCCAGCUUUAAUUCAUUUGAUUCAACAGCCCACUCCACGCAAUAAACGUAUUGGACCAUCUGUGCUUAUAUUGGGACCAACAAGAGAGCUGGUAUUACAAAUCCACGAUGAAAUAACAAAAUAUUUACAUAACAAUAUUAAAGUUGUAUGUGUAUACGGUGGUGGCGUAUCAGCAGUAACUCAUCAACAACUUAUACAAGCUAAGAAACCAGACAUUAUUGUGGCCACACCAGGAAGGCUUAAUGAUUUGGUUGGUAUACAAGCUGUUAAACUCGAUCACGUAUCUUAUAUGGUCCUUGAUGAAGCAGAUCGCAUGUUAGAUAUGGGUUUUAAGAAUCAAAUAGAAUUGUCUCUAAGACAUAUACGCCCAGAUAAGCAAACAAUUUUGACGAGCGCCACAUGGCCAGUAGCUGUUCAAAAUUUGGCCAAUUACUUUGCAAAAAAUCCAUUACAUAUUACAGUCGGUUCUCUUGAUUUAUCUACUGUGGAUACUGUAACUCAAAAAAUUAUAAUACUUAAAGAACAUCAAAAGGAAGAUUGGUUGGAUGACUUCAUUAGCAAUUACCUCUCCGAGGAUGAUAAAGUCAUAAUAUUUAUGCGCAAAAAAACAUCGGUUGACAAAAUGUAUGAACAUUUCAACAGUAUAAAUAUUGAGUGCAGAUGCAUACAUGGUGGAAGAGUACAAGCUGAUCGAGAAGCAUCAUUGGCCGAUAUACGCAAUGGUGUUGUAUCCAUUCUUAUUGCUACAGAUGUGGCAUCCAGAGGAAUAGAUAUUCAUGAUAUCAGUUUGGUUAUUAACUAUGAUUUUCCUUUGAAUAUUGAAGAGUAUGUUCACAGAGUUGGUAGGACUGGCAGAGCAGGAAAAACAGGUUCAGCUAUUACUUUGUUUUCUCAAUAUGAUAAACUCAACGCUUCUCCCCUUAUUGAUGUUUUAAAAAAGUCUAACCAACCUAUUCCACCAGAAUUAUACAAAAUGACUGCUCAGUAAAUAUUAGCUUAGUUGUUAAAAUUAUAUUACUAUUUCAUGUCUUACUUUAAUGUUUAUUCUGAUGUUAUUACCUAUUUCAUUGUGUAGAUUUACCUACAUUUAUAAUAAAGUAAAUUAUUAUUUUUAA